AUGGGGACGCAGCUGACGGUAACCAGAAGCUUCUGUGGAUUAAACACAAAUUCUCUCUCUCUCUUUCUGCCUGCUUGCCUGCCUGGCACCUGUUGACUUUUAUGGUCCUCAACUCAUCCACAAAGCACCAGUCACUUCCGUGCCCCUCGGGCGCAAUGACUAACCAUUCAUAAAAAGGGAGGCCAAGGCAGUUACAAAACAAGUCUAAGCAGAUUUCACUGGGGAAGAGCUACAGCUCAGUGGUUUGCAUGCAGGAGGUUGCAGGUUCGAUCCCAGCAUUUCCACGUAGGGUUGGGGGGUUUAUAAUGAAUUGGGGGAAAAAGUUGAAAUAUACAUUUAUUAAGAAACCAGAGGCCUUUCUUCUUGGGAUAAUACGUUUGGAAUUGCCCCCAAAAGAUGGUAGAUUGUUUUUGUAUGCCACAACUGCAGCUAGAAUUUUGUUAGCUAGGAAUUGGAAAUCACAAGAAGUCUCGACAGUGGAGGAAUGGCAGAUGAAGACGAUGGACUUUUCGGAGCUAGCUGACCUGACCAGAAGAGUCCGUGACCAGAAGGAGGAGGAGUACCAAGAGGAAUGGAUAAAAUUUAAAGACUAUUUAGUUAAAUAUGCUAAGAUAGCUUAAUUGGAAAAAGUUGCAAAUUCCAGAUAGGCUUAGGAUUUAAUUAUGUGAUUUUAGAGAAUAAUAUGUUUAAAGUAAAAAUGAAAACAAAGCAAGAGGUUAAGUGAUUAAGUUAAUUUUAUGAGAAAAUAGGUUUUGGAAAACUGUUACAAUGAUACACACUGAAAUUCAGCCAGGGGGAUUUGAGGAAGUCACUUAACAAUGUUACUAAGACUGGAUCAAGUACAGCUAAGAUGUAUGUUUGUUUGUCUGUUUAAAAAUUUUGGAAAACCAAUAAAAAAAAUUUGGGAAAAAACCGUAGGGUUGGGGGAGACUCCCUGUUGAAACUCUGAAAAGCUCCUGCCAGUUCGUGUGGAGAAUAGAAGACCUCCUAGCGUUUCCUUAUUUUUCAGGGACAGGACAGCCCCAGAUUUACAGAGGCCAUCCCAGUUUCUGAUUUGAUCCCAGAAUGUCCCGCUUUCCCUUGGGAUGUCCCUAUUUUCAUCAGAGAAAUGUUGGAGGGUAAAGUUAUGCAACCUCCGAGCCUCAGAGAUAAGUUAAAUAUACAACAUUUAGAAGACAUCUGAAUAGGGAAGUUUUUGAAUGUUCAAUGUUUUAUUAUGUUUUUAUAUAUGUUGGAAGCCGUCCAGAGUGGCUGGGGCAUCCCAGUCAGAUGGGAGGACAUUAUUAUUAUUAUUCUGCUUAUUUAACUUAUAUGCAGAAUUCAUCAUGCGAAAGGCUGGGCUGGAUGAAUCCCAACCCAGAAGUAAGAUUGCCGGAAGAAAUAUCAACAACCUCAGAUAUGCAGAUAACACAGCCUUGAUGGCAGAAAGUGAGGAGGAAUUAAAGAACCUUUUAAUGAGGGUGAAAGAAGAGAGCGCAAAAUAUGAAGCUCAACAUCAAAAAAACAAAGAUCAUGGCCACUGGUCCCAUCACCUCCUGGCAAAUAGAAGGGGAAGAAAUGGAGGCAGUGAGAGAUUUUACUUUCUUGGUGAAAUAUACUCGAAUAACACUUGGGCUCCCCUAAACAUUUUUUUUUUAGAAGAAAAAAAAAAGCACUGCAUACCUCACAAGCAGGACACAAACGCAACAGCCCUUAUUCACAAGAUACUGUUAUCUGAAAUAUAUAUAGCCCUUUUUUGUGCGAUGGUACUCACUGGUGACGCUGUGGGUCAAACCACAGAGCCUAGGACUUGCUGAUCCGAAGGUCGGCGGUUUGAAUCCCCGUGACGGGGUGAGCUCCUGUUGUUCAGUCGCUGCUCCUGCCAACCUAGCAGUUCGAAAGUAUAUCAAAGUGCAAGUAGAUAAAUAGGUACCGCUAUGGUGGGAAAGUAAACAGUGUUUCCGUGCACUGCUCUGGUUCGCCAGAAGCGGCUUAGUCAUGCUGGCCACAUGACCCGGAAGCUGUACGCCGGCUCCCUCGGCCAAUAAAGCGAGAUGAGCGCCACAACCCCAGAGUGGGUCACGACUGGACCUAAUGGUCAGGGGUCCCUUUACCUUUACCUUACUCACUGGUGGAGAAUACCAUAACCUUUUUUCCUGCCUGUUAAAGCCUUUUUAUGCUGGCACCUGCUUUGACCGACAUAAGCAUAUAUUUAUUUUUGCCGUUACAUGCUUGGACAAAGCUUGCUUGCUCUUCAUUAACAGCCAAUUCAUUGAAAAAGCCAGCGUUGUGCGGAGUUUUCUGCGCUGAGCUGGGCGCAUUAAAAUCCCUAUCCAAUGAUGGUCCCUUGGGACCAGCCACUCUCUUUUGGGCCUGACCUACCUCUCAGGGUUCUUGAGAAGAUAAAAUAAAGGAGCGGGGAAAAGCUACAUAUGCCAACCUGAGGGUUUUUUUUGGUGGUUUUUUUAAAGGGGAAAGUGGAAUAUAAAUAUAAAAGAUAAUAAUGGUUGUCAUCUGUCUUGAAUUUCCCGGACAUUGACGGAAUACUGCAGUCGGAAGCAGUGUCCGGGAAAAUCCAGUUGUAUGGUAACCCAUGUGGGAAGACUAGAUUUUGGCGGAUUUCCUUUAAAGUGGCUCAAAAACUUCUUUUUUGAGAGAGAGAGAUUUUGGGAAGAACUAAAGCAAGCUCAACAACUUUGCUCCAAAACGCUCAACAACUUUUGUGUCCGGAUUUUCACUUUUUGAAAUAUGGCAAGAAUCCUUCCUUUUCAUUUUUGCUGCGGUUUGACUGAUUUAGGAACGCCCUUCCUCCAUUAUAAAUGGAUUAUUAUUAUUAUUAUUAUGCAUUCCCCCCCCCCAACAAAAAAAGUACAAUGUCUGGAGGCCAGAUUUUACUCGAAAAGAAGGUCCAACAGGGGCUUCUUUCCCAGGAAAUGCAUUGGAACCCAAGCGAGUAAACAGCCCACAGGCAGGGCAAAGCCGUUUCGCGGGGUGUUUUGCCUCUUCUCGCGCGCCGUAGCCGCAAAGCCAUAGAGACGGUAGGCCUGGAAGGGCCGGCCGGGCAGCCUUGGAAAUGCCCCGGAAGCGGAAGCCCGGGAAGGCGCUCACAUUUGCAAAGCCGCGACGGAGCAGUUCGCCGCGCGAGUCGACGGCUAGGGAGACGAGAAGGGCCCAGCCAUGUGAGGACGGGCCGGGGAAGGGGGUGGAAGAGAAGGAGCCCGGGUUUUUUUUGGGGGGGGGGGUGGGAAGGUACCCUUUCUUGUGGGUCAGGAUUUUUUGGGGGGGGGUCCUCAUCACUAUACCGUAAAUAUUCGAAUAGGCGCCCCUGUUUAGGAGCGUUAUAAUUACUGCCGUAUUUAUUUAUGUCCCACCUUCUUCCCUUACAGGGACUCAAGAAGGCUUACAAAAAAAGAGACAAAAUUUAAAAAAACCCUUCCAGUAGCACCUUAGAGACCAACUAAUUUUGUUAUUGGUGUGAGCUUUCGUGUGCAUGCACACUUCUUCAGAUAUUUUAGUUGGUCUCUAAGGUGCUACUGGAAUGAAUUUUAAAAUUUUAUUUCGACUACGGCAGACCAGCAUGGCUACCUACCUGUAAAAAAAAGAGAGGGAGGGAGGGAGCAGCUAAAAACAUAGUGGGGGUAGUGGUGGAAACCGGUCAUUAACAAAGCAUUCAUGGAAUUAAAUGGCUCCCGCUGCCUUAUUGGAAAGGCUACCCCCAGCUCUCCCCGCUCCGCCCCCUGACACCAUCCUCUUCUCUGCCGCCCCUUUUCUCGUUCACCUUGGUCGUUUGCAAGUGGGAAGGGGGAGUCACGGCCUUCAUGCGCUGCCUCUGGGCUUCCCUUUCUAGCAGCUGGUUGGCCACCUUAAGAACAGAAUGCUGGGACUCGCUGCCUCCCCUUCCCCGCUUUGGUCUGAUCCAGCUACUGGCCUCUUCCUCAUGCCCAGGGUCCCCAGGGUCUUCCCUCUUGGCUUAUUUGGCUGCUUCCAAGAUGCUUCCCAGUGGCUAGUGGAAUAAUUUUGCCGAUUCAGAUGGGAGGGGUCCUGUAUUAGCAUGUUUCCAACCACCUUGCCUUUACAGUGGUACCUUGGGUUACAUACGCUUCAGGUUACAGACUCCACUAACCCAGAAAUAUUACCUCGGGUUAAGAACUUUGCUUCAGGAUGAGAACAGAAAUCGUGCUCCGGCGGCACGGCAGCAGCAGGAGGCUCCAUUAACCAAAGUGUUGCUUCAGGUUAAGAACAGUUUCAGGUUAAGAACGGACCUCCGGAACAAAUUAAGUACUUAACCCGAGGUACCACUGUACUUUGGUAAAGGGCGCUAUGUAGCAAAGUAAUUGGGUGCAUAUUUUAAAGGAACCACCUUAGAGUUUGUGUCUCUUAACUUGUUUCAAAACUGUUUUUUAAUAUUGUGUUUUGAUCACUGUAAUCUGCCCUGGCACCUUAGGGUGAAGGGAGGGUAAACAACAACAACUGUUAGGAUAAUUUUAUUGCCUGUUAGUUAUGAGCAGCGGAGAUUUUGCUUCCACACUAAUCCCAUCGCUCCCCUGCACAGGAGACUUUUAGUGGGUUGUGUCUACUGCCUUAAAAUGUUUAAGUGGAUGAAUAAUGAUUCUUGGUAGUUAGGAUCUUUCUCUUUUUUUCCCUUCCACCGCCCUUGCACCACUGUGCUUCUUCCAUGCUUGCGGUGAAAGGAUGCGUCGUAUAACCACUAGAACAUAUUUUAUAUUGCCAAGUCACAUUUAGUCGGUGCCGGUUGUCGUUCACCAGAUGCCUGCAUAGUUAUCCUAUGGGGCUUGACAAGCGCCGUCUCUUUUCUUCCUCCUCAGGAGCCUCUUAAACAAGCCCAAGAGUGAGAUGACCCCAGAGGAGCUGCAGAAGAGGGAGGAGGAAGAGUUCAACACGGGGCCCCUUUCUGUUCUCACCCAGUCCGUCAAAAACAAUACUCAGGUGCUAAUCAACUGUCGAAACAACAAGAAACUGCUUGGCCGGGUCAAAGCCUUUGACAGGUAGGAUCCUCUGUUGUUUGCUCGGAAGUAAAUAAAGCCAGAUCAAGUUCAGACUUUCAAAAUAAGUGGCAGAUUUCCAGUUUUCCUCUUGGUAGUUCCAUCUCCUUCAGAAGUUCAGGGUGUCGGCCGAGGAGAGGGGAUUCUCUUGCAGCCCCAGUUGUGGAAUGCUCUCCCCACAACGAUGUGUCUGGUUUCUUCAUUACAGCGCUUUCAGCAAAUGCUGAAUAUGCAUCUCUUUACCCUGGUCUUUGUCAACUGAGAUGUGUGUUGAUAGUGCCCAUCCUAUUCCUGCGGCGGUGAUCCGUUUAUAAAUUUAACAGCAGUAUAAUUUGUUCACUGGGAAUUGAACAAUUCCCCUUUGAGGUUCUUCUGGACUCUCUAGUCUAGAGAAUGGGGGUUUCCUUGGUCACAGAGAGAGGGAUGUUUUGUUCCCUCCCCAUUUGUUGGUAGCAGGAAAGAGAGAGCCUUGUAUCCAGGUAACAGCUUCCUCUCCCCACCAGGCACUGCAACAUGGUGUUGGAAAACGUGAAGGAGAUGUGGACAGAGGUGCCCAAGAGUGGGAAAGGCAAGAAGAAAUCGAAACCUGUCAACAAGGACCGCUACAUCUCCAAGAUGUUCCUGCGUGGAGAUUCAGUCAUUGUGGUGCUGAGGAACCCCCUAAUCGCUGGCAAAUAA